AUGACAGGGAAAUUGAGUGGAAAAGUCGCUAUCGUCACUGGCGGUACCUCGGGUAUGGGCAAAGCCACAGCUCUCAUGUUCGCGAAGGAAGGAGCCAAGGCAAUCGUCCUUGUUUCUCGUACGCAAGCCAAGCUUGAGGAAGUUGCAAAGGAAAUUGAAGCGGCUGGAACCAAGGUCGCCAUUGUUGCCGGCGAUGUCGGAUCUGAAGACACCGCAAAGAAAAUGGUGGCUGCUGCAAAGGAGUUUGGGGCUGUUGAUGUUGCCUUUCUCAAUGCUGGUAUGUACGCUUCAAAGAAGAAUACCGAAAUUGAAGAAUCAGAUAUUGAUGGUGUCUUUAAUGCCAACUACAAAUCCGUUGCCUGGGGACUCAAGCAUGUCCUUCCGGCAAUGAAGGAUUCUCCUGGCAAGGGAUCCGUGAUUGUCAAUACAUCUUGCAUGGGAUCGGUGGCACGUGCAACCUUUGCUGGAUCGUCCAUGUAUUCCGCAGCAAAGGCCGGUGCCGACAUGCUGGUCCAGUACGCCGCUAAAGGGGCUGCUGAGGAUGGCACUCGGGUCAACGCUGUUGCUCCAGGAAUCGUUGCUACCAAUAUUGCAGACAUGGACGAGGAGACUACCAACGGGUGGGCAAAAGGCGCUCAACUGGUUGGCCGUGCCGGAAAAUCGGACGAAGUUGCCAGUGUCGUGACCAUGCUUGCAUCCGACGAUGGUACUUUUUUGACUGGAAUGUCAUCAAGGUUGACGGAGGCUGGGCUCUCAAGGCCUACUUCUUUGUUCAUUUUAUACAAGCUUCGAUACAACAAAGAGAGACCACCAAAUAGUGUGAUGCACACACAUGAAAACAAUGUGCAUGUUCUUUGUUUUGUAAACUAG